ACACACUUAACAGCGCAUAACUCAGCGAGAUCGUGGUCCGCGAAGAAAAUUCAAGCGGCGCCUGAUUGCCCCGAGCCAGGCGCACGCUGCGCGCACCUCCACUCAUUUUGUCCACUGGGACGAGAACUGCACUUUUGUAUCCACUCAGCCACAAAUGCCCAUUUAACAAGAUGAGCCAGUCUCUCUUCGAUCGGUCCCUCGCAUGUGAGGUUGAUGACCUGAAAAUCGAUUCUAAGCGCCAAGAUUGCGACACUGAGAUUCGAAAGCGGUGUAAUAUGUUCGCGCUUAAUUUGAGACGCCGAUUUGAGGACGCACUAGCUGUUGUCCGGUCGUCAGCGGAAAUCGACCAUGCGGCCGCAGAGCAACUAAUCCACGAAGAACGAGUAGCGCAUCGUAAAGCAUGUGCUGCGCUCACAGAGGCUCACAUGCGCCAACUGGGUGACAUGCAGGCUGCCUCAAUUGAAGAAAACCGCGAAGCUACGCGCACCUCCGGGAUUCAUGAGGAGACAUUACGAUUGAAAUAUGAAUCAAUGGUCGUAGCACUUCGUGAGAGAGUUGCACACGAGCAGGGUGUGCAGACACGUCGUGCUCUUGUCCUACAAGAAAGCACGUCAUGUGCUGAAACUGAAAUCACACGGCGUGAUGUCGAUGCCACCGCACAGGCAGAAGCCAUGACAGCCGCAAAGUUUUCUAAACUCAUCUCACGUCUUCGGAAAACCUGGGAGGACGAAGAGGUUCGCCGUACACGGACGCUCCAGGAACGUGUUUGUUCGCAUUAUGCUGUUAUUAUUGACCAAAUUCAAGCGCAGCUAAAUCUUGCACUGGACCUAAAUGAUGAUCUAGAUCAAGAAUGGAUCGAUGAUGUCAAGGCGCGAAACUGCGAACAUGCCUCAUCAAUGAAGGCCUUCGAAGAGAGGUGUCGGUCCCUCUAUGAGUCUCGUCUCACUGCCUACAUCGAAAGCGCUGACCAUCGUCUUUCUGAGUGCGAGGAACGUCUUCUAGUCUCUGGGGCCCGUGCAGCACGGAAUAGCAAUUCAAUGGAAGCUAAAAUAAGUCGACUUCGCCUUGCAUGUAGCAAAUGGCGCGUAGAUUAUCAAAGAGAGGUACAGCGGCGUUACUACGACACAACAGCGGAACUUGAGCAGCAGUAUAUGAAUGAGAUAGGUGCAUUGCUCGCCGACUUAAGUGAUGCGUCAUCGGAAAUUUCAAUCUUGAAUACCGAUAUGUGCAGGAAGGGCUCUACUCUCAACGUCGGUCUUGAGCUGAAAAAAGAGAUAAAAGAAACACCAAAUAAUUCCACCAGCCCGAAGACUGAGCGCGAGCAGCUCAUCUCACUGUGGGAUAAACUUCAGACACCGCAAAGUGAUCGCCUGGCAGCACUACAUACGAUUCUUGACGCAGCAGAAUACACACCCGAGCUAGCUGCAGGCCUCGCACGCAAAAUCAAUGCCCUCUCCGCACAGCUGCCCCUGAUUCAGGUAAUCACGCGACGCGAGUUCAUAAAAUAUCGUCUUUCAAUGCUCUCAAAACUCAAUCACACUGGCCAUUGUAUGAAGGAGUACAUAAUGAGAGAUUGUUCUACAAUGGCAGCCUUUAUGUUGAUCUUUAAUUCACGCUGCUAUGUGCAAGGCGACAAGAGCACUCUGGACAUGAGAGACCCAGCGGAUCUGAGUCUGCGACUCGGCUGCCCCCCAAGGCGCUUAAAGGCCCCAUGCCUGGUGCUACCUCUGUCGGCCUCGGGGGGCCGUGGGGUGGCAGUGGAUGCGAAGCGGGGUCGAGUGGCCCCUCCCGUACCGCCGCACGGCGGGUCGCGCGGUCUCACACUAGAGCGCCCACUAUUGUCAGAGUCUUGA